AUGGACCCGGUAAAGCGGCGACUUGUGUACGUGGCUGAUGAAAAUGAGGCACUCCUGAGCGAGCUCUCUGGCACUCCACCGACUCGGCAGUCGCGUCAUACUCGGCUUCUCGUACCGCUCUCUCCGCCAACGUCUUCGCAGCCAUCUCCCCACUUGGUGUCCCCGCCUCCGCGCCCAGUCGAUGCGACCGCCGAAGCAGCACCUGUCGCGACGGCUGACAAAGCGUUGCUCGUCUCCUAUGAUGGAUUUCUGCUCACCGACGGCAGCGGGCGUUUCUCCACGCCCCGCGACGCUGCGCAGGCCGCCAACAUUCGCGAUGCUCUAAAGACAUGUCGUUCCUUUCUGAACGGAUUCUUGAACGUGGCGCGACCUGAAAGUGAGUCCGCAGAGUCGUGCAGCUCUGGCGCCUCUAGCUCCACGUACAUGGAAGAAGAAGACUCCGACUUGGAGGACACCAGCAGCGAUGAUUCGCCCGCGCCACGCCCGCGCGCCGCCAAAGCCGCGAGAGCGAGUCGUCCACAUUCCCAUACACACAGCCCGUCACAGAUGACAGUGACAAAGCUGAAAGAACUCCUGCGUAAUCGCGGACUUUCAAUUGCCGGUAACAAGGCCUGUCUCGUGAAGCGCGCACAGAAGCUGCGUGCGCACGAGUCGGAGCGCGCGUCGGAAACUGCGCCUCUACCUCUCGGUGCAAGUCGACGAGCGUUGCAGGGCUCUCUCCGCCAUGAGACUAAGCUGAAUUCUGGCGUAUCGGUGUCGUCCCCACCAUUGAGUCCGCGGCCAUCGCAACGGAGGUCGCCAAAUUGCCACACGAGUGACGACAAGAACAAUAGCAUUUGGGGUGCGCUGGUGCACGCGGGUUCGCGCCUUUUUCGGGGAGGGGCACGCGCGUCAUGGGGGUUUCACACGCGUCCAGCGGAGGACGCCGACGACGCACCGCUUUCGACGCGUCGCCGAAUCAGCGCGUAG